AGCAGCUGCUGAGUCAGCCCUGGGUUUCAGGAAGUCAGAUGACCUUUUCCCUCUGCCUGCUUUCUGCCUCUCUCUGCCCCAAGGUGGACACCAUGGACCCACUGAUGGCUUUCCUUUGCCUGUUGCCCCUGUACCCAGGCUUGGCUGCAGAGGCUCCCUCCUGCUCCCGGAAUGUGAAUAUCUCUGGUGGCACUUUCACCCUCAGCCAUGGCUGGGCCCCUGGGAGUGUCCUCACCUACUCCUGUCCCCUGGGCCGCUACCCGGUUCCAGCGUCACGGCUGUGCAAGAGCAACGGGCAGUGGCAGAGCCUGAGAUCCACCCAGCUGACAAAGGCAGUCUGCAAACCUGUUCGCUGUCCUGCUCCUGUUUCCUUUGAGAAUGGCAUGUUCACCCCGCGGCUGGGGUCCCACCCAGUGGGCGGCAACCUGAGCUUCCAGUGUGAGGACGGCCUCACCCUGCGAGGCUCACCUGUGCGGCAGUGUCGCCCCAACGGCAUGUGGGAUGGCGAGACGGCCGUGUGUGACAAUGGGGCUGGCCACUGCCCCAACCCCGGCAUCUCGGUGGGCGCCGUGCGGACGGGGUCCCGCUUUGGCCUUGGGGACAAAGUCAGCUACCGCUGCUCCUCAAAUCUGGUGCUGACUGGGUCGGCGGAGCGGGAGUGCCAGAGCAACGGGGCCUGGAGCGGGACGGAGCCCAUAUGCCGCCAGCCCUACUCUUAUGACUUUCCCGAGGAUGUGGCCCCCGCCCUGGGUACCUCGUUCUCCCACCUACUUGGAGCCACCAAUCCCACCCAGAAGAAAACAAAGGGCGUGGGCCGUAAAAUCCAUAUCCAGCGCUCUGGUCACCUGAACCUCUACCUUCUCCUGGACGCCUCUCAGAGCGUGGCCGAAGACGACUUUCAGAUCUUCAAGGAGAGCGCCAUUCUCAUGGUGGACAGGAUCUUCAGCUUUGAGAUCAAUGUUAGUGUCGCCAUCAUCACCUUUGCAUCCAAGCCCCAAGUCGUCAUGUCUGUUCUGUAUGACAACUCCCGGGAUGUGACCGAAGUGAUCAACAGUCUGAACAAUAUCAAUUAUAAAGACCAUGAAAACGGGACCGGGACAAACACCUAUGCAGCUUUAAACAGUGUCCAUAUCAUGAUGAAUAACCAGAUGCAACGCCUUGGAAUGAAGACGGCGGCCUGGCAGGAAAUCCGACACGCCAUCAUCCUUCUGACAGAUGGCAAGUCUAACAUGGGUGGCUCUCCCAAGCUGGCUGUUGACAAUAUCAGAGAGAUCUUGAACAUCAACCAGCAGAGGAGCGACUAUCUGGACAUUUAUGCCAUUGGGGUGGGUAAGCUGGAUGUGGACUGGAGAGAACUGAAUGAGCUGGGGUCCAAGAAGGAUGGGGAGAGACAUGCCUUCAUUCUGCAGGACACAGAAGCUCUGUACCAGGUCUUUGAGCACAUGCUGGAUGUCUCCCAGCUCACAGACACCAUCUGUGGGGUGGGGAACAUGUCAGCCAAUGCCUCUGUCCAGGAAAGGACACCGUGGCAUGUCACUAUUAAGCCUAGGAGCCAGGAGACCUGCCGGGGGGCCCUCAUCUCAGACCAAUGGGUCCUGACGGCCGCUCACUGCUUCCGCAAUGCUGAGAACAGCUCUCUGUGGAGAGUCAAUGUGGGGGAUCCUAACUCCCAGUGGGGCAAAGAUUUCAGUAUUGAGAAGGCGGUGAUCUCCUCGGGGUUUGAUGUCUUUGCCAAGAAGGAUCAGGGGAUCCGAGAGUUCUACGGUGAUGACAUUGCCCUGUUGAAGCUGGCCGAGAAAGUGAAGAUGUCCACCCAUGCCAGGCCCAUUUGCCUUCCCUGCACAGUGGAGGCCAAUCUAGCUCUGCGGAGACCCCCAGGCAGCACCUGCCGAGACCACGAGAGUGAACUUCUGAACAAACUGAGCAUUCCUGCUUAUUUUGUGUCCUUGAAUGGAAACAAAAUGAACAUUAACCUCAAGACAGGAACAGAGUGGAUAAGCUGUAUCAAGGCCGUCUCCCAAGACAAAACCACAUUCCCCGACUUGAAGGAUGUCAGAGAGGUGGUGACGGACCAGUUUCUAUGCAGUGGGAUGGAGAAGGAUGACAAUCCCUGCAGGGGAGAAUCUGGGGGAGCAGUUUUCCUUGAGCGGAGACACAGGUUUUUUCAGGUGGGCCUAGUGAGUUGGGGUCUCUACAAUCCCUGUGGCAAGAGCAAUAAAAACUCCCGCCAAAGGGCCCCCAAAGGCAAGAUACCACGAGAUUUUCACAUCAAUCUCUUUCGCCUACAGCCCUGGCUGAGGCAGCACCUGGAGGGUAUCCUGAAUUUUUUGCCCCUCUAAUUGUGGCCACUGAUCCCUCUGUUGUCCUGCCAGCACCUGCCAUCUGCCUGUCUCUUACCCUUGAACUUUCACCCUCAGACCCCAUCACCCACCCAUGCUCCCAGCUCCGACACCCCCCCCACACCAUGCAGCACAUCCAAGCUGGGGAAUCCCCAGGGGCACACCCUCGCCUUACUUGACUCACUCUCCUUUCACUCUCACGUGGAAUUUCCCAGUUAUGAAAUUAAUAAAAAUCGAUGAUUUCUUCA